CAGUACACUAGGGGCGAACUGAUGUACAGUGUACUGGACUGUCUGGUUAAAAUAAAGCGUUACCAGUGGUGGAGCUGAGAGAGAGAAGCUCGCAAACAAUGGCAAUACUUUAAGAGAUAUUGUUUUACAAAUGCGUGUGUGGCUGUGAAGUUGUAGCGCUCGUGUGCGGCGUGCCUAACGACUUCAGGAAAUAAUUUCAUCCCCCUGACGGCUGCGGAGAGGCUGUGGCAUGUGCCCGUAGUGUUUCUGCAGCCCCGGUGUCACGCCUCCCACUCGGCUCUCCACUUACAUUUUGUUUGUUUUAUCCAUUUCCCCCGACUCUGCUGUGGAAACUCGCAUGCGAAGACUGAAUCGUCAGACCUUUCUUUCGUACCCCCAUGUUUCGGUUGUUCGUUUAUUUUGUGUUGACCAAGUCCUACACGAAAGAAAAGAAUCGUAGGGCGUAGGGUCAGUCGUGUGAUUGAGACGUAAAGGUCAAUACACAUACACUUUUGGUCGAAGUUAGAGUUCCCGCCCCAGCUGAUCUAGACGACACAUUGUCGUCUGCUGUUCCAAACUCGCUUCUGCCUUUCGGAAGUUUUCUUCGUAGACGGGUAUCUCCUCAUUUCUUUGUGUUUCAGUGUGUGCACCGUCUGCUUUUGCUAGUGUUUUCCAAUGUAGCCCAUCUGCAAUGCGGAUAAUUACAAGCUUGCUAUGUAGACGAACCUUGAACAGGACUAGCCAGACUGCAGAAAAUCAACAUGUGAAAUGUUUAAAGUGGAAAUCGUGUGCUGUAUGGUCUCGAACAUUAUAUUUUUCAAGAGGGAUUACGAAGAGUUGUCCUACACUGAAAAAGAAGGAAGGACAAAGUAGUUUGUGUUAUCUCCGAGGACUGCAAAGGAAAAUUUCUAAAAAUAGUCAUCUUGUUUGCAAGAGCAGAUUGAGACGUGGACUUUAGUUCACAUUCACAAAUAUUUAUUAACAAUCACACAGAAAAACCCUGGCCACUUGUUGAAAAUUCCAAGCUCUCGUCUACCUAUGGCUGUAUGCUGCUUGAAGCAUAUCUUUAUCUGUUAUCCAACAAUAAAGAAAUGAUGUUGCCAGCCGAAGAUCCAUGAAAAAAAAACCAACUUAUCACAAAAGCUGAAAAGAGCUCCAUCCCAAGUACCCACGAUGCCUGCCAGUGAACAGGAGGGAUGUGCACCCAGGAUCUGAGCAGCAAAACCUCUGAUCGGACAUCAUUCUCGCUACCAUCGUCUCUGUCGUCGGGGCCACAACUGUCACUGGCGAGCUCUGCGCAGAAGCCGAUUUACCAGAAGUCGACACCGUGAUACCAGGUGGAUGUCCACCGGGUGGUCGAGACAAAUCGCACAUAGCCGCUGCAUUACUAAGCCAUCGUCCUCGUCUUUUAACUGUGUGAGCCUCGCGCACACAACGGUGACAAACAGGUAAGCCAGUCCGCAGCAUGGAGCCCUCAGCAUCUACUGCCACAGCUGUAAGACUGUCCGGCACAGCCUGCCAGGGUCACGGGAUGUCGAUAUCACUGCUACUGCUCACCACUCUGUCAUGGACUGUGCAUUUGGCCAUGGCAGCCUCUGCCGCCGUAGCGGGAGGUGAAGGAGCUGACAGACAAUACACCUACAACAACGACUACGACACUCAUGGCGGGUUUGGCUACGGAGCAGGAUAUGGGCUAGGAGAUCCGUCCUACCUCAGUGACUUCGACGAAGAGUGGGCCAAGAUGAGCGGAAGGAUUGUGCGACCCAAGUGUGUAGAUAUUCCAGAAAACCUGACUCUGUGUUACAAGAUCGGAUAUAACAAAAUGAUGCUUCCCAACAUUCUGCAACACGACUCUUUGGCCGAAGUCAUUCAACAGGCUAGGUCGUGGGUUCCUCUUAUUGGUCUGCAAUGCCACAAGGACACCAAAGUAUUUCUUUGCUCCUUGUUCUCACCCGUAUGCCUGGACCGGCUCAUCUACCCAUGUCGCAGUCUGUGUGAAAGUGUCCGUGACAACUGCUUGCACAGGAUGACGCCCUACGGAUUUGAUUGGCCGGAGAUGUUGCGCUGCUCCCUCUUCCCAGAAGACAAUGACCUGUGCAUCAAGAUUUUAAAUGAUGUCAAACCUGACAACAACUGCACUGCUUGUAAGCAACCCCUUACCUACGAAGCUAUCAUGGACAACUUCUGCCGCUCACAAUGGGUGAUGAAUGUGAAAAUCGAGAGAAUGGAAACACAAGAUGCCGACAAGGGCUUGGUGCUGUCUAAAAAGAAACGCUUCUACAAGACGGAAAGCGUCACGAAGCAAGAGCGCUCGACAAUGAUGCCACUGCUAGAAGGCGGUGCAGAGUGCACGUGCGACACGGUCAAGGCCGACGGGAAGACGCGUUACCUUUUGAUGGGUAGCAAGAAGGAGGACAAGUUAAUAGUCAACUACGCCGUGGAAUUUUUGCGCAAGAACAAAGUCUUCCGCGACGCUCUCGCCGAUAUUCGCAAGCCCGGCAUCUGCGAAAACAUUCCUGGAAAGCUGGCCGAGGGUGAUUCAGAUAAGAAAACUACCACAUCCCCCCAAAACCAAGACGAUGGGCGCUGCGUAGCUUGCAGGCUGCCAACCCAGACCGCGACAAUCAUCGAAAACUAUUGCUUGGCAGACUUCGUGCUGCGGGUGAACGUGAAGAGCGUGGAGGCCAAGGACGGGCACCAGACGCUGAUCCUGCAAAAGCGACGCAAGAACUACAAGAAGGGCGGCAUCAGCAAAAAGGAGGAGAAGGCCUUGGAGCCGGUGCUGGAAGGCUCCGAGGGCUGCAAGUGUGAGCUGCUGGAGAACGCCAACAAAAAGGCGCGCUUCCUCAUCUUUGGAACCAAGCACGGCGACCGCUACACCGUCAACUACGUGCGCGAGUUCAACAACGACAAGGACCUGAAAAACGCCCUCAAGGUCAUGAGCAAGGGAGACGCCUGCCUGCAGAUCAUACAAGGCGCUAACCUAGGGGUGGAUCCACCCCCCUCCUCUUCUUCAUCGUCCUCUUCCUCUCCACCUUCUUCUUCCUCCCCGGCCACCGACAAAAAGGAUGGCAAGGGGAAAAAGGGGAAGAAUAAGAAGCAGAAGAAAGGCAAAAAGCAGGGAAAGGGCCAAAAGCCCAAGGACAAAAGUGAGGACAAUGGCGACGACAAAAAUACUAAUACCAACAGCAACAGCAAAGGCAAAAACAAAGGCAAAACCAAAGGCAAAAAUGACCCCAAUUCCGGCAGAACCACCCCUAGCCCUGGGAAUUAGAACUGGCUCUGCAAGUAGGCCUCUGUUUCUGUGCUGAUGGCAGUGCAAGAUAGGUCAACAGUUUUAUUUUUUUGCUAUAAAAUCACCAACAACGGAAGUUGACGUGUCAGCGAUGUGCUGACAGACCAGGGGAGAGCUGGUCAUGCCGCCGUUUUGUCCAUAGAGGUUAGGGCCAGACUUCAUUCGGAAUUCAACAAGGAGAAAAUAUGUGUGAAAAUUUUAGUUUUUUGAACGUCUCAGAAUAUCUGUUAACUGACUUGCAACGGCGAGGAGCUGAAUAUGAGGAGACAAGAAAAACAAAUAGGACAGGCGAACUCGGUACGAAAAUUAAAUACCGAUGAAAAAAAAAUGCUUCUUUAUCUUAGGAUAUGGGGCACUUUUGUAAGUAAUUCUUGCUCUUCGGAGUUUAUUUUAGACACUUGCAGCAAGUGUUUCUUGACUUUUUACUUUGCUGAAGCAAGUUUGUUGCUGGCCGGGAUAGACGGACUGAGCUUUGAAGAGAUGCCUCUGAAGACUACGGCAUGAUAUCUACUGAUGAUGUUCAGAAACUGUUCUCAUUUCUCACCAUCAGGCUUACGUUUCUCACCUGGAGCCAAGAAGAGGAGAAAGAGAGCGAGAGGGAGAGAAAGAGCGCGAGAGAGGAAGAAAGGAGGACGAAGCGAGUGGUGCAUUUUGUCGUGACACUGAUGUGUCACAACGUGUCUGAAAGGGUGCAUUGACGAAACCCUAAUGUUUUUCUGGAGUCUGAAGACCUCAUUUUCAGCGAAUCAAAUUCUGGAAGUGAACGAAUGAUUGAUAUUUUCACGGGAAAGAUGUCGACUUAAUUACAGAGUAGUGAGACGUUCCUUGUUUAAAUGAUAAUGAUAAAUGAAAUAAUGAUAAGAUAAAUUAUUUGAUAUAAAUUUCCUUUCGAGUGAAUCAAAAUGUCAAACUGGCGUAGCGACCGUGCAUGCUGCCAUAACCUUUUCAUUUCCUUUUUUUGAUCUUGAGUAAGUACGAUUGAGUAAGCCCAUUGCAGUAUUUUUGGCGUCUCUCAGUAUACACACAAAAAAUGUGUUUGAACGUCAAAAACGGCCUGUCACGAUCUUGGAAAUCCGAGACAUUGAAGGACAACACAAAAAUACCCCAAGUAUUUGUUGUAAAUUUCACUAAGCAUAGACAGCGACCCCUGACCUCUAGAGCACAGGCUGCUACUUGUGUUCUACUUUUAAGCCACCCAGAUCAUAACAACGCAGUAUGCACUACUUUAGUACAUAACUUCUGUCUUUCAAAGACACUAGAUCAUCAAAACAAUUCUAAGGUAUUUCCACUAGAAAAUAAGAAGUCCAGAAAAAUUACAUUUUAUCCGAGCAGAAAUGCUUGAACUAACACUUUAGCUUAUUAUUCAUAUUCAGUUGCUUGUCUCAGACCUGCUAAACGAAGCAAACAAGACCUUUUUUUGAAAACAGCACACCUAGUGUGGUCCUUUUUUAAAAUUCUUUAAAGGCCUGGAAAAUAACGAAGGAAAAUGCAGUGUUGGGAUCUUGCAUUGGAUUAUUAGACGAACAUGUUGAAAGUAGCCUCAUGACUUGAAGCUUGUUCUGAAACUGGAAAGCGAUAAAAGUAUAAUGCGAUUUGCAAAGGGUUGUCUUAUAUCUGCCUAAUAAAAUCGUAUUUUUAAACAGCCCAGCCUUCCUAAGUUACAGUGCGAUGACAGCCUCUCAUGCAAAUAAAACGCACAGGUGAACAUGCACACACACACAUAUGGUUCACGCAUAUCUAAAAACUUCAGCUACAUUUAUCCAACUAAAAUAUUCUUGCUUCACAAAGUCUCCUGUAAGAAACCCUUUGGUGGCAUUUCAGUGUAGCUUGACAUUUCACAUUAAAGCUCCAAACGGUUAACGAUUUUAUGUGCACAUUAAUCUUAGCGGCAAGACUUAGACCAAAGCUGAUCCUCUGCUUAAAUGAGGAAUUUGAACAAUGUUGGUGAGGCUUUCAUUUUUUUUAAAAUUAUAGCAUAUGGAUGUGGAAAGGUAUAUAAUUUGGUAUACAAUUAUUUCGACCAUGGCGAACGUGAUCUUGUACUGCUGUAAAGUGCAUUUCGAGCAUAGCUGGGGUUUUUUCAUUUGCCUGGUUGCGCCAUGCGCAUAGAAGGUUGUGAAUUGUGUCGUACUGUGUUUAUUUCGUGGAUAUUACUGUUACUUAAAACUUGUAAAGCGCUUAUUCUUGAAAGCGAUUGGGAAACUCCGAGGUCUGAUAGAGUUUAACGAUUUGUUCUCAUCCUAGCACCCGCAAUAGUACCACAAUGGGAGUAACGAAUAACGACAGGCUGCAAAAGUAAACAAAUAUCCUCAGAUAUUAGCGGCUAAAAUGAUACAAAGUGUGCGUGCAUCAGACCAGAAUACUGGAUCGUCGUCUUUGGAAAGAAAACAACAUUCACCAAGUCAGAAUUACAUAGAAUUCAUCUUAUAAACCUGCGUAGAUGUUUUGGUCCAUCUCAUCAAAUUUGUAAGGAUUUUUAAAUUGUCCCAUUCCUCUCAGUUUUGAAAAAUAUUAUUUGUCCUCAGUCUUUGUGACAAUAUUUAAAUAUAAAUUAAAACAUUUGGCAUCAUAUUGGCUUUUAAACAGGUAUUUCUGGCUAAUUUAAAUCACAGAAUUCAGCCGAAACAAAUGUUGGAAUACUGAAACAUACUUCACAUUAAAUUACAGAAGUGAAACAAAUAGUCUGUCCUUAAAGCACUAAUUAUAAACACCAUGACCAAAAAGCACGAUCAAAACCGAGAGAAUUCUCCAAUAAAGUUGCGAAAAUCCGCUUUGCAGAGCAGAAACUAUCUGCUGUCAGCCCUUCACUGGUUUGUUCACCCCGCCCCAUGGUGCGUCCCCCAAGACAAUCACUCUGCGCAUAUAACCCUCUUGCUGCUUUCGAUGUCCCUGUUGUAUGACAUUUGCUUGAUGACAUUUUUGCGUGUAUAAAUGUUACAGCUACUGCCACCUUUGGCAGGAUUUAGAAUGCACAAUAGAAGAUGAAAAUUUUUUUUUUAUUAUUAAAGUUGCUGUCCACCUGCCUCGGAUGUAACAAUUGUGUACUUUUUGCCUAUGUAGGCGUUACAGAUUUGAGUGCAUCUCGUUGUUGACAUGAAGGAAACAAGAAUGUCUCCUGCAUUGUUUAUAUCAGCUUCAUAUGGACUGUCGACAUCAUUUUGAGUUUGGUAAUGUACACAGUUCAACGAAAGCCGGUGGCUGGUAGGAUUAAUUUGAUUGUUCUGCCGUCAGCUGCAUAUCACAAACAAUGGUUUUACUUCUGGUUCCAGUCUUUUCGUGUGUAUGGGAAAAGGCUUUUAUGUAAGUCUGCUCCUAGCAGGCUUGCUUAAAAUGAAAGAAGACUGUCAGUGAGUGAGAAAAUGGUGAAACUGUGGACCUUCUGCCCCCCGUCCAUUGUUUCGGUAAAUGAUCUGCGAUGUUAAAGAACAUCUAGCGACAGUAUGUACACAGAUAUAAGGAGGGCGUAAAGCGCAGUGUCAUCAUCUUUUAAAAAUUGUGGUCCGCCAAACUAGCACAGGGAUUUGGAAAAUAUAUUGCUCUCAACAUAAGAUUAUGGUGGUGGGUGGGGUGUACAAUAAUCGUGGAUAUUGGUAAGACCUUGGUAUUGUCAGCCCUUAGAGUAGAAAUCGCCCAGAGUAGUUGUAAAUAGCGAGGAGAGUUUGGCGAAAUUGGAACUGCUGGACACCUUCAUUGAGUUACUGGGUUCAGAAAGGUUUUAGUGAGAUCUGUAAUUAUUAACCAAGCUAGAGUAACUGCGGAGAAUAAUGAGAACAAGAUAAAGUGCUUGCUUCAUUCAUUUGAUGCUGUUUUUUAGGCAUCCCGCUACUUUUUCCCAUUCUUUAUUGCAUCUAGGACAAGCGAGGGGCGUGACACUGAGCAAAGACAAGAGAAGGAAGGAAACAGUCUGAAUUUCUGUAGCCUUGAAAAAUACAAGAUCUUAAUUUUUGUCAACUCUGUUUUUAUAUGUUAUGAAUAAAGAUUGUAUAUAAAUGUGUAUGAAAUAUUACUAAGAUAAUUAUAAUAGAAAUACUUUCAGCAGUAAAAACAAUAUAAAACGUCUAGACACACUAUUAGCUACAGUCAUCAAUGGAAUUCAAACCAGAACCAUCGUUAUAAGCAACAGUUAAAGAGGUUUGUCAGAUCCUUUGGGAUAUGUGCAUAGCUUAAUGACUCCUACUGUUAAAACGCUGAACUGUGCAUAUUGUGACAACCAACAUUACUUCUGUCAGCUGUGUAAACUGUGCAGACUGUGUACGCGAAUAGCUGCUUCUGUCAUCAUUGUCUUCUGGUGUACACGAAUGACCUUGAGACUGGCUUUGCACGGGAAUGAUUACACAAAGUCGAGAACGUCCACCUGUAUCUUUUAACUGGAAGCGAGAAAGCUUAGACUGUAGGUGUCAAGUGCGGGGCGGGUUUCAUUUUGCCGGAUGAUGAAGCAUAUGCCUGCAUGGUAGCUAUGUCAGACUGUGUAAUUUCAGAAAGCUAGGUAAGUGUUGUCUUUCUGCUUUGUGUACGGUUGUAUGAACUUGCAUCGCUAUGUUUAGUGCUACGUAAAAUCCGUGUGAUUACAACCUGAGCCACAUGCCCUGCUGUUAUGUACAUGCUACUUAGAAUAAAAUCAUCCUGACAAUGAAA